UCCCCGCUCCCCACUCCCGGUGAGAUGGUGUUCUCCUUACUGCGCUUCAUCCUGUCAGCUCACGGCUCCAUGGAGUCCGAACCAGAGCGGGACUUCCAGCCGUGGCGCGACUACAUGGGCUUGGCGGACACGGUGCGCGCUAUGAGGGAGGGGAGCCGGCCGCCGCCGCCGCGACACCGCGUGGAGGACCGCGAGCACGACCCGGCCGAGAGUCUCCCCGAUCCCGGGACGUCUGUGAUGAGCCCACCGAGAGCCUCCGGCGCCGUGCACCCUCCACCUGCCAAGUUCUGCAACUUCUGCAAACACAACGGCGAGAGUGAGAGCGUGUACACGUCCCACAGGCUGAAGGGGCGCGCCGGACUGGUGGAGUGUCCAUACCUGCGCAGGUACGUGUGCCCGCUGUGCGGGGCCACCGGAGACCGCGCGCACACCAGGCGCUUCUGCCCGCGAGUGGAUCCCGCCUACAAGUCGGUGUACACCCGGUAAUCACGGACACUCAGCGUGGGAGAUAACAGCAUCCAGGGGAGAGGCUUCGAUCAGAGGUCGCAGACAAACCACAGAGGCUGACGUGAUACCGACCCGGUUAUGACGUCAUAAUCAGGCGAAGUGUGAUGUCAUCUUUUAAAAAGGACAAUCUCCGUCAACGACGCUGGACUUUUUUAGACUUUGGUCGUGGCUCUUAAGUUUUAGGUUGUUUUUUUAAGUGAAAUCCGGUCCGUACCGGACUGUAGAGCUCGGCAUGGCGCGAGUUCGACUUCUUCGUUUCUCAUUUGAGCACUUUUUGAUUGUGUGUUUUGCACUUUUUUCGGUGUGUGGUUGUAGAUUUUACUUUUACGUUUGGUUUGUGUGUUUAUUUGAUGCUCGUGCCUUGAACAGACGCCGUCCGACUCGACGCGGUCAAACCGUGACGGGAGGAUUCGAGUAGCUAAACCUUUUACUUCGUCUUUAGAGUUUUUAUAGAUGUUUUGUUUUGUUGAAGCGACGUUGACGUACAGGAGUUUUAUAUCUGUAUAUCUUUAAAAAAAUACGAUUUUGCAUGAC